UUCUCGCGAGACUUCGCGGACUGAUGGGUGGUAUGGAUACUGGGAACUGUUUGGGAUUAGUUUCCCACGCUGGUACCAUCACCCAUCAGGAAAUACGUUCGUAUUUACCGAAAAAAAAACAGGAUUGCGACUUUAAUUUUGAAUAUUUAGGACCUUGAAAGCUGUUUUUUGUUUGUAAAGGAGAAGGCGUUUCCCGCCUGCGACCAUCCGGAGGAAAACGAGCUUCCUGAUGGGAGGAUUCCUUCAAAACAAGUCAGCUGGGAGCAUCAGCUGACUCCUCCACGAUCAAAGCCAGAAGUCUGGGUCCUCAUCAGCUGCUGCUGCGGGACUCCUCGCUGAAUCCUGGACCGGCCCGGUUCCGUCGUCAUGAUUGGCGCGGCGGGACAAAGGAAGGCGUUUUAAACACAUUUAAAGGGCAUGGAUAAGCCCACCGUGAUCUCCGCGUGUCUGUUCCUGGCUGCGGACAUUUUCGCCAUCGCCAGUGUCGCCAAUCCGGACUGGAUCAACACCGGAGACAAAAACGAAGCCCUAAGCAUGGGUUUGGUCCGGCAGUGCCAGACCCUCUACGGCCGAGAUCGGACCUGCAUCCCCCCUCGGCUGCCCCGGGAAUGGGUCGCCACGCUCCUCUUCAUCGUCCUGGGCAUCAUCUCGCUGACCGUCACCUGCUGUUUGCUGGUGAUGUCGCACUGGCACCACAAGGCCACCCGCUACGCCAGAUGGAUCGCCUUCACAGGAAUGGUUCUGUUCUGCAUGGCGGCGCUCAUAUUCCCCGUCGGCUUCUACGUCAGCGAGGUGGGAGGACAGCCGUACAAGCUGCCCAACAACACCAUGGUGGGCUCCUCCUACGUGCUCUUCAUCAUGUCCAUAUUCUUCACCACUGUGGGACUCCUGUUCGCCGGGAAGGUCUGCUUUCCAGGCUGAGUUUACCUCUGUAGGUAGUGGACCUUCAAAAUAAAAGCUUUCAAAGUGGCCUUAAGAAGAGCACAGCCAUAAAUAACACGAGAUGCACAUAAUUAACUCGACUCGCGUAGGCGGUCUUCCUUGUUUGACACUAUUUUUUUAAAAGCACAAUUUUGUUAUUUGUAUUUUUAUUUUGGAGCUUUCCCCUGCCUUCAGUGUUUUUGGUCGAUCACUUUGCCUUAAAAAUAUGUUUUUUUACUAAAUAUAGUAUUAUUUUAGGAAGGGAUGAGGGACAGGAAAUGCUGAUAAAAUAACUGAUGAGUCAUGAUUUAGUGAAUGUAUUCCCUUUUAUGCAUUAAACAUCAAACGUUUUGCACAUUUGAGGUCAUCUUUGGACACAGUUACUGUCUUUAGUGGAGUAAUUCUGCAGUAUUAAAAUGUAUUUGUUCAAGCACUUAAGUUAAUAAAAUCCUAAUUUAAAAAAAAAAA